ACCAUCACCGUCACAACGCAAAAGCCGUACCAAUACCCCCAGCGUCGACGCAGAGUAUUGGAAGACCGUCACCAUGUCCAAAAUCACGGUCGCAGGUGUGCGCCAAAAUGUACAACAACUCCUCGCCUACUCGACGGAGGAGAAGAAGCGCAACUUCCUCGAGACCGUCGAACUGCAGAUCGGCCUGAAGAACUACGAUCCCCAGCGUGACAAGCGUUUCUCCGGCACCGUCAAGCUCCCCAAGGUGCCGCGCCCCAACAUGAGCAUCUGCAUUUUGGGCGAUCAGCACGAUAUCGAUCGCGCGAAGCAUGGAGGCGUUGAUGCGAUGAGCGCGGAGGACUUGAAGAAGCUGAACAAGAACAAGAAGCUCAUCAAGAAACUCGCGAGGAAGUACGAUGCGUUUGUGGCGAGUGACUCGCUCAUCAAGCAAAUCCCUCGUCUGUUGGGUCCCGGUUUGUCGAAGGCCGGCAAAUUCCCCACCCCGGUCUCGCACAACGAGGACCUGUCCGCCAAGAUCACCGAAGUCAAGUCGACCAUCAAGUUCCAGCUGAAGAAGGUGCUGUGCAUGGGUGUCGCCGUGGGGAAUGUGGAGAUGACGGAGGAGGAGCUGAUUGGUAACAUUAUGUUGUCGAUCAACUACCUCGUGUCGUUGUUGAAGAAGGGGUGGCAGAAUGUGGGUAGCUUGACCAUCAAGGCUAGUAUGAGCCCGCCGAAGCGUCUGUACUAGAUGCUGCUGGAGGUUACCGUGGGACGGUGCUCGUGGAGGAUCGCCGAAGAAGGAUUCAUUGACUCGGCACACGAUUGCGAGGGGAGAAGGGAAAGCGUGUGCAGCUCGUCGAAUGGGUUCAUUGUAACGUAGCGGUGCUCCUCGGUCUCGGUUCGCC